AUGGCUAAGGACAGCAUUCUGGUACUCGGCGGGACGGGUCCUGCUGGGAUCUGUCUCCUGCGGGAGCUCGUCUUUCGAAACCUGAAGGCCGUCGCCUUCGCUCGCACUCCGUCCAAAAUCCCCGCAGAUCUGACUUCGAACCCUCUGAUCAAGGUCGUCAAGGGAGGAAUGGACGACGCGGAAGCCCUCUCGACAGCCCUCUCCGAGUGCCACACCGUCGUCUCCCUGCUCGGACCAAACGCCUCCACGACGCUGUCCACCGGGACAGAGUACCCGGACAUGUACCGCACCGUCCUCUCCGCGAUGCGGCGGCAGGGCGUGCGGCGCAUCUUCGCCAUGGGCACCGUCUCCAUCUACCAGCCCGAGGACGAGACCUCCAUCCUCCGCUGGCUGAUGGCCACGCUCGUCCGCCUCGCGGUCCACAAGGCCUGGCUGAACUUCAUCUCGAUCCAGAAGCUGUUCGAGGGGGACCGCGAGGCCACGCGCGACAUCGACUGGACCGUGUACCGCAUCGGCUUCAUCCAGGGCGGCGGCGAGGACGCCAAGACGUGGGCGCAGGAGCGCGACGAUGGCAAGACGUUUGCCGGGCCCGUGGGGGCGAGCGGGUGGGGGCUUUCGCAGAAGAGGGCUGCGUUGACGCGCUGGCUGGUUGAUGUCGCCGAGACGGGAGCGCCUGAGUUGAUUGGGAAGAUGCCGGCUGUUAGCAAGUUGAACUGA